AUGACCCCUCCAAAUGCCACGCACGACACGGCCUCGGCUGUGGGCCAGCUGAGCCUCUCGGACAACGCACCGCAGAAGCGUAUCAUUUUGUACGCUUUCAUGAUGGGCUGUUCGGGCCACCAGUCUCCAGGACUCUGGACGCACCCAGCCGACCGAUCUCGCCACCACAACAAGCUCUCGUACUGGAUCGAUCACGCCAAGCUACUCGAAGCUGGCCAUUUUGACGGGCUCUUCCUGGCCGAUGUGCUCGGAGGCUACGAUGUGUAUGCGGGCAACCUCGAUGCUGCCCUUUCCUCGGGUGCGCAGUUCCCUGUCAUCGACCCGCUUCUACUGAUCUCUGCCAUGGCCGCGGCUACGACCAACCUCUCGUUCGGCAUUACGGCAACGACGUCGUACGUGCAUCCUUACGAGCUGGCACGACGCUUCUCGACGCUCGACCACCUUACUAACGGUCGCGUCGGAUGGAAUGUUGUUACCGGCUACCUCGAUUCUGCCGCGCGCCAGUUUGGAGCAAAGAACCAGGACCUGCACGCAAAGCGCUACGAGGUCGCCGACGAGUACAUGGACGUCGUGUACAAGCUGUGGGAAAGCAGCUGGGCGGAUGAUGCGGUGGUUCAGGACCCGAGCAAACCGCUCUACACGCGCCCCGAGCGUGCGGGCUCGUCCGGCCCUGGCAUGGCGUUCGCUGCCAAGCACGCCGAAGUGAUCUUUAUUGCAGCACACAAGCCGGAGGUGGCCAAGAAGCGUGUAGAUGCUGCGAGGGCGGGAGCGAAGGAGGCUGGGCGCGAUCCGGCCAGCCUCAAGGUGCUCGCCCUGCUGUGUCCCAUCAUCGGGAAGACGGACGAAGAGGCACAAGCAAAGUACAAGGAACACCUGGAGCAGGGAUCCGACGACGGCGCACUGGCUCUCUUUGGCGGCUGGACCGGUAUCGACCUCUCGACUUACUCGGAAGACGAAGAGCUACGCGCCACCGAGUCCAACGCAAUCAAGUCUGCUGUCGAGAACUUCGCCACGCAAGACCCCCACGUGCCCAAAUGGAACAAAGCUGCGGUAGCCAACAAGAUCAAACUCGGCGGCUUGGGUCCCACCAUCGUGGGUAGUCCCUCGUCCGUCGCCAACCAGCUGCAGGACUGGGUCGAUAAAGCCGGUGUGGACGGCUUCAACCUCGCCUACACCCUCGCUCCAGGUACCUUUGAAGACUUUGUCCAGCUUGUGGUUCCUAUCUUGAAGGAGCGCGGUGUCGUCUGGGCCGAUUACCCGCAGGUCGAGCAGCCACAGAAGGAAAACGUCACCGACGGGCCCAAGGAAGGGUUUGGCAUCAACGAGCAUGUGGGGAUUACUUCGAGGGAGAAGCUGUACGGUGUUGGGCAGAAAACAUUUAGGAAGGAUCACUACGCUUCCAAGUUCACCUGGAAAGCGGGCCAGGAGGCGCCUGCGCUCGACUAG